GGCGGCUGGUGGGUGUUUUUAUUUUUUGGAGAGCUGCUGGUGGUUUUAUUUCCUUGGCCGUUGGCUGCUGCGGAUCUGGAAUGUUGCAAAGGAGCUCGCAGCAGCCAAGCUGAUCAGCAGCAGCAGCAGCAGCAGCGGAGGUCGGAGGCAAGCAGCGGCGAGCCGCGAUCGCUGCCCUGCCCGAGUUCUCCGGGGCGAUGAAGCGGCGCAAGUUGGCCGUGGCCGCCGGCUUCUGCAUGUCCUUCCUGCUGGGCACUUUGCUCAACGUCCUCUUCAUUCCGGCCUUUGAUCCCCAGCAGCAGCAGCAGCAGCAGCUCAGCGCGGGCGUCACGCACUCGCUGGCGGGCUCCAGCAGCAGCAGCAGCCGCCCCCUCCCCGAGGACCUCGCCCGGCAGAUCCGAGAGCGCUACGAGGAGGUGCUGCGCUACCAGCCGCCUCGGGAGGCAACUGCCGCCGGCGCUCGCCUGGCAGUGCGACCCCUGGAGCGGCGUCUAAUGGAUCUCGCUCCGCAGCGGCUCUCUUCCUCGUCGUCCUCUUCCACGGAGCGCAGCAGCAGCAGCAGCAGCAGCAGCAGCAGUCCCAAGCUGCCCGGACCCCGGGCUUCUUCUUGGGGCGGCGCGCCCUGGGACCACCCGCGAGCGCAGCUGGAGCUCUCGCUCGGCCCGCUGGCCCUCGGCUGCCGGGACAUCGGCAACGUGAGCAACGUGCACUACCUGGGCUCCGGCUACACCAAGGCCGUCUACAGAGCCGUGCUCAACCGGAGCCUGGCCGUGGCCCUCAAGUCCGUCGAUUUCGGCGGCCACGACAUCGACAACUGCGUCAAGCUGUACGCCUCCUUGGAAGGCUGCUACCGCCUGGCUUCCUAUAAGAUCGCCAAGGAGAUGGUCUUGUUGCAGAGGUUGCGACACCCCAACAUCCUCCAGCUUCACGGAUAUUGUUACCAAGACAGCAAUGACAUCGCAGACACCCUGACUGCCAUCACAGAACUGGGCUCACCCCUGGAGAUGAUCCAGCUUUUACAGAUAUCCUGGGAGGACAGGUUUCGCAUCUGCUUCAGCUUAGUUCAGCUUCUGCACUAUCUGGCCCACUCUCCCCUUGGCUCCGUGACUCUCUUGGAUUUCCGACCCCGGCAGUUUGUGAUUGUGGACGGAGAGCUCAAGGUGACGGAUCUGGAUGACGCCAGCAUUGAGGAGGCCUCCUGCACCAGCAGCAGGGACUGUUUCAUGGAGUUCCCGGCGAGAAACUUCAGCCUGCCUUGUUCUCUUGAGGGCAAAUGCCAAAGUAUGAACGAGAAGAGGAAUCUUUACAAUGCCUACAGGUUUUUCUUUACUUAUCUUCUGCCGCACAGUGCCCCUUCAUCCCUGAGGCCGUUGCUCGAUGCGAUUGUCAAUGCUACAGGAGAACUUCAGUGGGGAAUAGACGAAACGGCUGCUCAGCUUGAAAGAGUUUUGCAUUUAUACAAGAGUGGCGUGUACCUCCAGAAUUCUACACGGACACCCCGGUCAGAUUACAGAAAGGUGCCUGAAGCCACUAUCAUCAAUGAGAAUUACAGGUGCUGGCCCUCCUACCAUCACAAGGAAUGUCUCCUAUCCGUGUUUGACGUUAGCGAGGCCAUGGAGGUUUGCGAGAAUCAUUCCCAGUGCAAAGCUUUUGUGCUCACCAACCAGACGACGUGGACAGGUCGUCAGCUGGUCUACUUCAAGAUGGGAUCCACUUCCAUUGCCUCUGAUCAUGACAAGACGACCUACGUGAAAGUGAUCAAUUGCACUAGCCGACCUACAAGUCCAGUUCUGUGCAAAUUUACUCAGAAGUAUCCUAUGAAGUUCAGCAAGGCUUACUCUCCAGUCGGCAUGCAUAGGAUUGCAGCCCUAGUUGCAAGCUAG